AUGAACGUUAAAGUAGUGUCGUUGAUAUUGUUAUUAUGUAAACCAUUGUGUGAUGCUUGGAUGGACGAAAGGCCUGUAUUGGAGUCUAUUGAUGGAAAUCUCAUUAUUUCAAGUGCAAAGGAUAGAAAUAUUACCAUAAAAAUUUUAGGACGCGGAUACUUUAAUGUCGAGGAUAUCGAUCUGCUAAAAGUUGCCAUUUCGGCAAGAAGUGCCUCGUAUUUAGUCGAACAAUGGCGUGAUGGGUUUUUGAAAGAUUUAGUUGACAAAGUUAGAAAAGUAGACCAUGCAAUCAAUGGUCCCCUUGGAUUACAAAGGCGUAUGAAUAUUAUAGAAUAUGGUUCCGAUGGAUCAAAUUCUAGUUCUCGAGUGCCAAGUCCUUCUGCUGAUAAUUACGAAAUCGAUGAUGCAACAAGAGUUGCUGUUCGCAGGCUUAGUGAUCGUGUUCGACGAUUAGAGGGACGAGUUCGAUCAAUAUCAUCAAAAUUGCGGCAGAAUCAAUGUUCUAGUAACCCAUGCUUAAAUGGAGGAACUUGCAUACCAAUUUACGAUGGAUUUCAGUGUCUUUGUCCUACUAAUUGGGAGGGUACCAAUUGUGCAAUGGACGUAAAUGAAUGCACAAGAUUCAUCGGCACAGAUUUAGGUUGCCAGAACGGAGCAACGUGCACAAACCUUCCUGGAUCAUACAGCUGUGCAUGCCCAUCGGGUUGGUAUGGAGUCGAUUGCACUUCGAACACAGCCGUUUGUAACGCUCAAGACUCUCACAAAUUAUGUGGUGAUCACGGUACAUGUGUGGCUACUGGCACAACCCGCGGUUACACAUGUAUCUGUGAUCAAGGAUGGAAGUCGAAUGGAGAUGACCCUGCAUGUAAAAUAGACGUGAACGAAUGUGAAGCGAGGCAUCCUCCAUGUUCAAUGCAACCAUAUGUGCCUUGCAUUAAUGUACCUGGAGACUUUUAUUGCGGUAGUUGUCCUGCUGGUUACACUGGAAAUGGGCACUAUUGUGCUGAUAUCGACGAAUGCUCAACAGACAAUGGUGGUUGUAGUAUUGUGCCAAAAGUCCAAUGCAUCAAUACAAUGGGAUCAAGAGUAUGUGGGUCCUGUCCACCUGGCUAUCAAGGUGAUGGAGUCACAUGUGUAUUCAUCGGAACUUGCAGAAUCAAUAACGGAGGUUGUCACCCACUUGCUAUUUGCAUCGAUAAUCCUGGGUUCAACAAUCUUCUUGUAGAGUGUCGCUGUCCUACUGGCUACCACGGUAGUGGAAUCGGCCCUCAAGGAUGUCAACCAGGCACUGAAGUUGAUCAGGGACCUUGUGCUAGUCAUCCAUGUAUUCAUGGUCACUGUAUACCGCACGACCUUAGCUUCAUUUGCAGAUGUGAUCCUGGAUAUACUGGAAUUACUUGUGCUACUCCAAUCAACCCAUGUUCUCCAAAUCCAUGCAAAAAUGACGGAAUUUGCAUGCUGACAGCUGAUCAACAAGUAUCAUGCGAAUGCACAGCUGCUUAUUCAGGCCCUCGGUGUGAAACUCCAAAAGAAACUUGUGGAGGCGUAAUCCGUGAUGUAGCAGGAACUCUAACAUAUCCUCCAAAUGGUGUUACUUAUGGUCACGGUCUCAGCUGUGCUUAUAUUUUAGCAACGAAUACAUCAUUAGUACUCAACGUUACCUUCACACAGUUCGAUUUGGAAUCAACCCCUGGUUGUCGUCAUGACUUUCUUCAGAUACACGAUGGAGGAAACGCUGGUAGUCAUCAAAUUGGAAGAUUUUGUGGAAAAAAUUUACCGAUGAAUGGCAACAUCAUUUCUACUCACAAUAGCAUAUACUUAUGGUUCCACACGGACAGCAGCAUUUCUCGAACUGGAUUCUCCCUUCAUUGGAAUAGUAUACCACCUGUUUGUGGCGGACAUUUACACGAAAAUGAACACGGAACGAUUAGCUCACCUGGAUCACCCGGAAGAUACUCACCAAACAGAGAUUGCACUUGGUAUAUUUCUGUUCGUACUGGAAAACGAAUUCAAUUCCACUUCUUUACUGUCAUGAUUGAGGAGCAUCCAAAUUGUGACAUGGAUUACCUUGAAAUUACCGAACCUAUUGAUGAAAGAGACGUUCGACUGGGCAUUUACUGCAAUCAUACCCACCCACCACCUCUCGUUACUUCUGGUUCUUUUGCAACCGUUCAUUUCCACUCAGAUGAGCAUGGUCAAGAUUUAGGAUUUCAACUUACCUAUUCAAGCAUCGAAGGGAUGCCUGGCUGUGGAGGAGUAUAUACUGCGGAACAAGAUUUUAUUUCUUCCCCAACUGACAAAUCAACUUAUCUGCCUAACUUGCUAUGCGAGUGGAAAAUCCAGCUACCAGUUGGUGAAAGGAUUAGAAUUACUUGGAUUGAUUUUGAUAUUGAACAUUCAGAUCGUUGUAUAUUUGAUUCCGUCCAGAUCUAUGAAGGACCAGAUUUGGAGUCUCCGACAUUGGGAAAACUUUGUGGCAAUAAAUUACCUGCACCGAUAGAAAUAAACUCAAAUAUUGCGCUAAUAGUAUUCAAAAGUGAUUGGAGCAAUGAAAACAUCGGUUUUAAAUUACAAUACCAAAUUGCCUGUGGUGGAGAAUUUCACGAGCCAUCCGGAAUAAUAAAUUCGCCAUACUACCCCGAUCACUAUCCAGGUUCUAGAACGUGUCACUAUAUGAUUGUUCAACCUCCUGGUAGAGGGAUCGUUUUGGAAAUAGUUGACAUGGAUAUUGAAGGUUCAUCAUUCGUUGACUGCUAUUUUGACCAUCUGGAAAUCCAUGAUGGUGACAAUGAAAACUCAACACUUCUUGCAAAUCUUUGCGGUGAACCAGACAAAAGACCUAGUGAACCUUUUUAUUCGUCUUUGAAUUAUAUGUAUCUUAAAUUUGAAGCUGAUGCGAGUAUUCAUGGUCGUGGAUUUUUGGCAAAUUAUACCACUGUUUCCCGAAGAUGCGGGGGGAUUUUCAAAACUCCUCAUGGAGAAAUUCGUUACCCUAUGGUUCCAGAAGAGUAUGAUAAUGACGAAGAAUGCACCUGGACGAUUCAAGCACCUGCAGGACAUGCGGUACAACUCACGUGGGAAUCGUUUGAUUUGGAAUUUCAUGAUAAAUGUUUAACCGAUUACGUUAAACUUUUAGAAAAGUAUGAAGGAGACAAUUAUGAAAUUGGCAGAUAUUGUGGUAAUACAAUACCGCCAAUGAUAACAUCUCAAAGUUCAUCAGUGACAUUGGUUUUCAUUUCUGACAGCUCAAUUACUUCUGGAGGAUUUGUUGCGAAAUAUUCGUUUGUUGAUGUUUCUAAAGUUUGUGGCGGGCGUUAUUUCUCUCUCAAAGGACUUCUAAGAAGUCCCGAUUAUCCUAACUAUUAUCCUCCAAAUCGUGAAUGUGUAUGGAUUAUCGAAGCACAAAAUAAAUUCCGAAUAUUGCUGGAGAUUAAAAAGUUUGAAAUUGAAUCACAUAGCUACUGCGCGUAUGAUUACUUAGAAAUUAGAAACGGUGGUUAUGAAAAUUCACCUUUAGUUGGAAAAUUCUGUGGUAAUGAGAUACCGGGUGAAAUAAUGAGUUUCACUAAUCAACUUUACAUUAAGUUUGUUUCGGAUGGUUCUAAUGGCGAUCAAGGGUUUGAAAUCGAAUGGGAUAGCAUGACUUAUGGUUGUGGUGGUGUACUUACGGCAGCUUCUGGAGAUAUUAUUUCACCAAACUAUCCUCAUGUGUACUCAAGAUCAUCAGAAUGUACGUGGAAAAUCGCAGUAUCGGCUGGUAGUCGUGUUCAAAUAAUAAUUGUUGACCUUGAUUUGGAAGAACAUGUCCGAUGUAAUUUUGAUUAUCUUGAAAUAUCUGAAGGAGUCAAUGGAAUACGGAAAAAUGUAAAUCGAUUUUGUGGAACUACUUACCCUCCUUCCAUUGAAUUAAACAGCAAUUUAGUAACUGUACGCUUCCGAAGUGAUUUUACCAAUUCAGGACGGGGUUUUCACAUUAAAUAUAAUACACUUUGUGUCAACAAAAUUCAUGGUUUUUCUGGAGUAAUUGAAUCACCAAAUUUUCCAGAAAAAUAUUCAUCAAGUGUUAAUUGCAGUUGGAUAAUUGAUGCACCACUAGGCAAUAAAAUAAACAUAACAUUUUCACAUUUCGAUCUAGAAUCAUCUGUCGAAGAAGAAUGUAAAUAUGAUUAUUUGUUGAUAAAAGAGGGAUCUGAAGACCAAUUCAACACUCAAUUAGGUAAAUAUUGCGAUUCCAAACUACCGCCGAAAAUAACUUCAAAAGAGCAUCAAGUGUCAAUUAAUUUCCUAACCGAUGAGUAUUAUGUAUACGGAGGAUUCAGAUUAGAAUGGGUAGUUGUAGGCUGUGGAGGUCACUUAACAAGACCUACAGGAGAGUUUACAUCACCUGGCUAUCCAGCUGCUUAUCCGGUUAAUAUAGAAUGUGAGUGGUUAAUAGAAAUCGAUUAUGGUAACAGCGUUGAAGUGUUUUUCUCAGAAGUUGAUACGGAAAAAUCAGGAGGUUGUUUUUACGAUAAAAUAGAACUUUUUGGCGGCGAAAAUGACAAGGCACCAAAAUUAGCUGAAUUUUGUCAUUCUACUGUGCCAAUUAAUUAUACUAGUCUAACAAACAAAAUGUUCAUUAAAUUCAAAUCUGAUAUAUCGUAUCAGGGCAAAGGAUUCUCCGCUAACUAUAAAUCUGUUCCAUUGACUUGCGGCGGAGUGUUUUCAGCGGAUCAAGGAAUUAUUUUAUCAGCUAAUUAUCCGAUGAAUUAUCCGCACAAUCAAAAUUGUGAAUGGCUUAUUUCUGUUGAUCGUCAUCAUGUUGUUAAUUUAACGUUCAUUGAUUUCGAUAUUGAAGAUACUACCAAUUGUACUGACGAUUAUGUGAAGGUAUUUGAUGGUCCCAGAAAAGAUUAUGAAGAAUUGGGAACAUUUUGUAAGAAUUACUUACCGCCGUCGCUCGUUUCAUCAGGCAAUCAAAUGUUGGUAGUAAUGAGAAGUGACAGUUUGAUCUCAGCGAAAGGUUUCAAAGCCCAAUUUGAACGUGCAUGUGGAGCAAAUAUAAUUGUGUCUGAACCUGGAGUCUUAUCUACUGCAUCUAAUUUACACGUACGGCAAAGUGAAGGUACUAAUUGUACUUGGAUACUUAAGGCGGCUAAUCCUGCUGAUCAUAUUACCCUCACCAUCUUCCACAUGGACUUGACCAACUCCUGGAUGAACAUAGGGGAUGACUUGUGCGAAGAACAUUAUCUGAAAGUUUACGAAGGUGAUGGCUUAGAGGGACCAGUACGAGGGUCAUGGUGUGGUAGUAAAUCACCGGCGCCAAUUGUUAGUAAUGGGGAUACUUUGACACUGCAUUUGGUUUCAUCGUUUGCUAGUGAUGAUAUGUUCCAAGCAAGCUAUUCUAUCUUGAAUUCUGCGUGUGGCGGAAAUUAUUCGUCUGAAGCUGCGACAUUAUCAUCACCCUCAUAUCCAGACAGUUACCCUAUGAACGCCGAAUGCAUUUGGAUACUGAAUAGUUCACCUGGAAACCGAAUAAGUUUAACGUUUUCUGAAUUUGAUAUUGAAUCAAGUCCGAAUUGUGACCACGAUUAUUUAGAAAUACGAGAAAAUUCCCCUUCUGGUAAAUUAUUGGGAGCAUUUUGUGGAAAUAAUAUUGAUCCGAUAACAUCUAAUACAAAGUUAUGGAUCAAAUUCCGAAGUGAUUCCAGUGGAACCGGUAAAGGAUUUUUGGGAGAAUAUACUUUUAUUCAUGGUAAUGAUAUAACUGGGUCAUCUGGUGAAAUUGCUUCGCCAUUUUAUCCCCUGGCAUUUAAAAGAAGUGAUGAAGUCACCUGGAGGGUCACAGUACCUUUUGGAUCGGCAGUACGGGUUGAAUUUGAUGAUUUUCAUCUUGAAAAUUUUAACGAUUGCUACUAUUUUAGUUUCACGAUCUAUGAUGGAUAUGAUUCUGAUGCCCCAGUUCUUAGUGAACCAUGUAGUAACAAUUUACCAGAUCCAGUUCAGUCUUCAAAUUGUAAUGAAGAAAUAUUUUUGAGUGGAAAAACUAAUCUCACUCAUAUCAUAACUUCACCAGGUUAUCCAACAGGAUACGAAAAUGAUCUUCAGUGUACUUGGAUAAUUACUUCCCCUCCAGGAACACAUUUGACAUUUUGGUUCAUGAAUAUUGAUCUCGAAGAAUCAAGUGAUUGUGUAACUGAUUAUGUAGAUAUCUACUCAGGAUAUGUACGGACAUUACCACCACCUCCUGAAGCAAAACUUCAAGGAAGAUAUUGUAAGAGUAAUGAAUCGAGCGUCCAUGUUGAAACAGGAAAUAUUAUGACGGUUAAAUUUAUAAGCGAUGUUUACAUAAAUGCAACUGGUUUUAGAGGAAUUGUUCACAUAAAUUGUGGCGGUGAAUUGACUGGUCCUGAUGGAGAAAUUGAAUUCAACAAUGACAUCAGGAAGAAUUUGGUUCGAGCGUGGAGCUACAAGUGCAAUUGGAUUGUUCGUGUAAGACCUGGAAGAAAAAUUGAAGUUAGAAUUACUAAUAUUGCAAUCGAUAAUCCGGAUACGCAUUGCGGCAAUUAUUAUUUAAUGUUGAAAAAUGGAGAAAGCCCAGAGUCUCCACUUCUUGGCGACGGAAAGUAUUGUGGAAACACGGUACCAGAAACUCUAAUGACAACAGGAAAUAAAUUAUUUGUCAAAACAGUUGGAACCGGUACACAUGUUUCAUUCAAGCUAGAAUAUCGCGAAAUUGGAUUAGAUUGCGGUGGAACUUUUAGAUUAAAAGAUCGUAUGGAAUUUUCAUCACCUUCCUAUCCUAAUAUACCACCACCUUUCUCAGAAUGCUUUUGGACAUUUAUGGCCCCGCCAGGUGAAAGACUUUCCCUACACUUUAUUGAACGUUUUGAUCUCACUUACAGCGUUGACUGUGAAAAAGAAUACCUUGAAGUGAGAGAUGGAGGCACUGAUUCAUCGAAACUUUUGGGCAGAUUUUGUUCAGACACUGCGCCAAGUAGUCUUACGAGUACUGGAAAUAUUCUUUAUGUUCAUUUUUACACAGACGUUACUGAUCCUAAAAACGGUUUUAAAGCAACUGUUAUUUCUGGAGAAUUUUGUGGUGGCAUUAUUCGUGGAAGUGAAGGUGUGAUUUCAUCUCCUCAUUAUCCAGCAAUGUAUGACAAAAAUCAAAAAUGCGAUUGGUUGAUAGUUGGACCCAUAGAUCAUACUUUGACAAUUCAAUUCCGGGAUCUUCAUCUUCCUGGUCUCAGAAACUGUGAAAUUACUGACCACAUCCUUAUUGGUGAAAAGAUUGCUCACAACGAUACUGUAACACCUAUUCGUACUAUAUGUGGAAGUCUUAAACCCGAACCAAUUGUAUCAGUGUCCAACGAAGUUUUCGUUUCAUUUUUCAGUGACAGACGAAGUUAUAUAAACUAUCGAGGAUUCAGUUUAAACUUCACUGCCAGCAAAAAUAGGUAUCCAAAUCCCACUACUCGCCCUCGGUAUUGUGAAUGGCGAAUCACUGUACCUCGAGGCAAUCAAGUCCAAGUAGAAAUAGAAGAUUUAGAUCUUCCACAAGAAGAACCUGAAAGAUCAGGGCUUUAUUUAGCAUUUUACAAUGAUUUUUACUCAAAGUCUAAGAUUUCAAUAAUACGAUCUGGACAGUUUUCUCGUACGUAUAGCAGCUCUUCGAACAUGAUGUUGAUCUCGUUUUGGAUGACCAGUGGGCAUAGGGGUCUAAAAGCUCGCUACAUUGCGGCAGCGCCAGCGCCUUGUGGUGGAAAUAUUGAUAAUUAUCACGGCAGUUUGAUUGCUCCAACAAUGGCGCCUUUUAAUCGAUCUUCAUUUUAUUGUGAAUGGGCUCUCACAGCUCCGCCUGACUUAGUACGUGAAGGCGUUAAUUCCUCAGCUACAUUAACUGUAUCGGUAACUGGAACCAUUGGCCGGUAUUCUCGCCAAGGUCGUUCGUGUACUUAUCUAAUGAAAUCUAUCAUUGUAGCAGGUCCUGAUGAAGCAAUAGGAAUGGUUUGUGGAAAUGUUUCUCGAGAGCCAUAUAUUAUUAGGAGUCCUUCACCUCUUAAUAUUAUAAAGAUUCUCAAUGGUACUUAUGGUUCUACGAUGAAUUUUGAAUUAGAAUAUUCAUGGCAAAUGUGUGGUGGAAUACUUAGAGGCCCGAGUCACAAACUCGAAGCACCAAAGAUAAAACAAGACAUGACACCAGCACCAAAUAACGUUUUGUACCCCAGAAAUUGUGCAUGGCGAGCAGAAUUCGCUGACGAUGGUGGAGUUAUUCAAUUGGCCUUUACUCACCUUGAUAUGGGCAGCUGCAAUGAUAAUUAUAUUAUUGUUAGAAAUGGUGGACCUAUGUCACCGGAAGUAGGAAAGUUCUGUGGUAACGUGAUACCAAAAAACAUAACCAGUUCUUCGAAUAAGUUAUGGAUUGAGUAUCACGCUACGAAAUCACCUAGCGAUUUCCAGCUUGAAUUAAGUAGUGAUAAAUAUGGAUGUGGUGGUACUAUGCGAGGAAAUCGUAAGGAAAUAUCUUCUCCCAGUUUUCCAGGUCAAUAUCCCAACAAUGCUGAAUGUACUUGGGAAAUAAUUGCAGAGCCUGGUUAUCAUGUUGGAUUAGUUUUUCUUGAUAGAUUCAAUUUAGAAACAAGUACAAAUUGCUCAAAUGAUUUUGUUGAAAUUUUAGAACGGGACGUGUUUAAUGCUGAUUCAUGGAAACAGUUAGGAAAAAUUUGUGGUAGGAAUAUGCCACCAACAUUUAAUGCUACUUCAAAUCGUGUGAAAGUAGUAUUCCGUUCAAAUGAAGCUGUUCAAGGAGACGGUUUUCAUGCAAAGUGGGAACGUAAUUGUGGUGGAGUUUUUGUUGCCUCAAAACAACGCCAAAUGAUUAGUUCACCAAAUUAUCCAUCCUAUUACGCUCCAAGUCUCUACUGUAAUUACACAAUCCUUGCACCGGAAGGAUACUCUGUUUUAGUGGAAUUCAUAGAUUUCCAAUUAGAAUCUAAACUUAAUUGUGAUUACGACAAUAUAAGUAUUACGCGCAAUGAAUUUGGAUGGUAUGAUUCAGAAUCUGUUUGGUGUGGCACGAAUCCACCACCAGUCCAGCAUACCGACCAUUCAGUGGAAAUUAUUUUCCGAACUGAUAAAUUUAUUCAAAAACGAGGUUUUCAAUUCUCGUAUUUCAUAAAUGAAUGUGGAGGUGAAUUAACAAAAGAGGGAAUAAUAGAACCACCAACUUCUAAAGAUUCGUUAACGUACUUCGGAAAACUUAAUUGCACUUGGAUUAUCCAUGCUCCAGAUGAUAAAAGUGUUGUUUUAAGAUUUGAAAUGUUUGAAUUGGAAUACACUUCCAGAUGUUACUUCGAUAAUUUGAUGGUUUACGAAGGUUCACUACUAGAUAAUGAAAAACUAUUAGCUACUCUGUGUGGUAACUUGACAGAUUCAUUGCCAGUAAUUAAAUCUGUUGGCAAUGAUAUGGCAGUUAAUUUUAAUUCCGAUGAAAAUAAACACUUUAAAGGAUUCAAAAUUGCGGGGGCCACUUAUGAUCCAUUAGAAGAUUGUUUGUGGACUGUUUCUGUUCCGUCUGGUAAAAACAUUAAAAUGACCAUCACAGGCAUGGAUCUUAAGAAUAAUUUGAAUAAAACAUCAUCAAUAUAUGGUGACGCAUGUACUGGAGAUUUCUUAGAGGUACGUGACGGUAUAGGUCCUUUCGCUGAACUGCUCGGAAGAUUCUGUGGGAAUACUGUCCCACAGCCAAUUGUUUCUUCGAUGAAUCACCUAUGGAUCAGAUUUUUCAGUGACGCCGAGUUCCAAGGAUCUGGAGUAACGGCUACUCCUUGUGGUGAGACAAUGAUAUCAAUAGUAAAUGCUUCAAAAUUAAUAACAUCACCUGGAUAUCCUGCCGAUUAUACUUUGGGUCUUCGAUGCAAAUGGAUUGUAAAAGCACCACAUGGUCAUGAUGUUCAUAUUCAUUUUGUAGAUGUUGACAUGGAAGAUUCUGAAAGUUGUUCUGGAGAUCGGUUACAGAUUGUGGAUCAAAUGAACAAUCAACAUAUAAGUCAAGAUUUCGGCGAAGAUUUUGUUUACAGUGGAAAAAGUAACCAACGUCAUUUGCUUAGAUUAGGAAGACAUCAUCCGAUGGCAGCGUUCACAUUUUGUUCGAAAUUUGAUGCAUAUGAUUAUUACAGUGGAGGAAGUGAACUAGAAAUAAAUCUUAAAUCUACAACAGAUCAUCCGGAGAAACGAAGAAAAUUCAAGCUUGAUGUUGGAUUAUCUGAUUGUAAUCGUAAUUAUACAAGCCCUCAGGGCAGAAUUAUACAUCAAGGAUUCACCGAUUGCUGGAUUAACAUAGAAGUACCACCUGGAAAUACGAUUUCAUUAUAUUUCAACAAUUUGAGACUUUUCGAUAUGUCUGAAUGUACACAAAGUUACUUACAAAUUCACGACGGUGGCUUUAAUGCUCCAUUACUUGCAACAUUGUGUGGCAUGCAAGUACCGUCACCGAUUUUUAGUACCUCAAAUAAGUUGAGUCUGCAUUCUAUAUCGGAACGUGGUGUCAUUUGGGAGAGUUAUGAUAUUUUGUAUACAUCAACUGAUAAGGGACGUGGAUGCGGAGGAAAAAUUUACAAUUAUGUUGGUCGAUUCACAUCACCAAUGUAUCCAAAUAAUUAUCGUAAUACUAGUGAAUGUACUUGGGAUUUGAGUGUCCCCCGUGGUUUUAAAAUUGUCCUCGAUUUCCUCGUUUUUGAUUUAGGGGCAAGCGACUGUUCAACUGAUUAUAUUACUAUAACUGACCUUUCGGGAUUGUCGAAUGAAGUAAAGGUUACUUAUCAUACAAGUCCAAAUAAUGGCGGUAGCGGAUGGGUCAUUGUUUUUAUGGGAGUCGAACAUUCGUUCACAGAUGAUGGACCCGACGGACCUCACAUGGAAGCAAGAUUCUAUGAUUAA